AUGGUAGCCCUAAGUCCCAUCACGAAAAUUAUCACAGAAUCCGCAAUUUUACCUUUUCUUUUUGGAGACGUGGUAGACAAAGGAAUAUGGUUCACUUUGAUUUUCGGCUUCUUACGGUAUUCUAUUUGUGCUAGCUUAGCUUUCCUGGGACUGUUUGCAGUCGGUAUGUACUUCUACUGCGUGUCCUCAGUAUCUUCUUGAUAAACAUAUAGCUAUUCAAGAUUAGUUACUAAGUAUGGUAUAAGCAAUAUCAGUAAUAAUAGGUGCAAUUUUUGUCUGUCUUGCCCAGUGGUUGAAGGAAUGGCGGAGUGAAAAAUAUGAGGAGAAGAAGUUGGAUGAGAAAAGGGCAUACAAGAAAAAGUCAAAGGGAAAGAAAAAGAACAAGAAGUUAUAUGAAAGUGGUGUGCCGGUUUUGUAUCGGCGUAUACAGGAAUUACGCGUAUCAGGAAUCUAA